AUGGAGGAAGUCGACGAGGCGACGGAGUUGUUGGUGGCGGUGGAAGCGAGUGUGGCGCGAGCACGAGUCAAGGAGCGAGCUUUGGACGGGGAGCUGGGCUUUGUACGGCUGCUGCGAUCGACAGGCAUCGAUGAGACCGUUCAGAGACGCUCAGAAAGCCAGGCGAAUUGGCUCGAGUGGGCUGGACUAACGAGCGAGGCGGUCGACAGGCAUCAGGAUGUGUGGGAUUUCGGACAGAUCGAGUGCCAAGUGAUGGAAUCGAGUCGAGUCGAGUCGAGUACAGUUCGAUGGUAUGCAGAUACGCUGAAGCGUCAAGGGAGUCCAGAUGGUGAUGACGGCGAACGGCGAGAGGCAAACGGCUUAAACAAGUUGCGUGGUUGGGAUGAGCCGAUGCAGAGGCGUCGGUUGGUGGGUGAGCGCGGUGUUGCGGUCGAUGGUGAUGAAGAUGAAAGGGGAACGAUGCAAGAGCGCUGA